GUUUUUCACCCCAUGCACCAUUUGAACUAGCUUAUCGCAUCAUAGUGAUAGUGUAUACUGUGUUAGUGUGCUGUUUUCCUCAUCCCGUGUACCACUACAUAACGUCAAUAAUUUGCUAGAUCACAAUUGAUUAUCUAGUGACAUCAUCCCUGUUUUUUUAUAAAUUGCAUAUACUUAUACUUCAAUGUGUGUUGUGAUGUGAUUCAAUUUAGUACGUUUUAGUAGCUAAUGAGUUCGGAUGGUGCAUGGUUUAGAUUAUAUGUAAAUUAAUUGAUUUAAAUUUUUUUUAAUAAACUUGAAACUCAAUUAAAUAUUUACCCGUAUGGAUACCUGCCUGGUGCCUUGAUGAGAAUGCUCGCUUUCACAUUACUGAAAUGAGAAUUCGUCGACUGUCAACAGAAAAAAUGAUAAAAAUCCCAUCACGUCAAUGGAUGAGUAUCGCACCAACAACAUCCAUUCUUCUGCUAAUCACCUUUUCAACAUCGAUAUGCGUUGCUCAAACAGAAGUACCCGAAUCUUCAUUACCAGAACUAGAACCCGAUUUCAAUUCAUUCCUAGUAUCACAAAAAUUAUGGGAAUCACCUUGCGAAAUCGGGUACGAAAAACAUCCAGCAACUGGAAAAAAACCAGCAGGACUACAGCCACAACUUUACGAAAUAAUAAAAACCUGUCCCGCUUCGUACAAUAAUUCGGAAAUUAUAGAAAAAUGUAAGAAUCCUUUCGAUUCGAAUUUCAUUAACGAUACCAUUUCAUUCGCACCCCUCACCAGUAUCAAGAAAAAUAUAACGUAUGGAAAUGUUUACUGCGGUAUUUGUCACAAAGAAAGCGACUUACAUCUGUUCGAGUUUUGGACUCCUUGGUUAUCUUGCAGAAUCAAAGCUAAUGAAACGUCGUCGUCUGACGAAAACCCUACAGUUUCUAGUUACUUUGCUGAUCCAAUCGACGAGUCAAGGAUGCGAAAUGGGUUGAAUGUAGGUAAAGCUGGUGGUUUGAUUUCUGCAUUCAACGAUUCGAUAUAUGAAUGCAAAAUAUCCAGAGUUUUACCGCUUCAUUUGAAACCGUAUGUGCCAAAUUGUCAAUACGAUUUUAGAGUUGAAAAAAAAAGAAUGUCAGCGAAAACCGUUUAUAGAGUUACCCAAGAAGUUUCCAAACUUGUAGGCCUAUCAGCUCAAAAUCAUUUGAGCUCGGAGUUGGAAUCAUUUUGCGAAUAUAAAAAUCAAUACGGUGAUAUUUGUUCGACGAAUUUGUUCUAUGAUCGAGAUACAAAUUCACUCUGCAAUGCAAAUGGUUCCUUUCUGAUUUACUCGAUCGAUGAUGAAGAAGAUAUUUGGAAUGAGUGUUCCAAUAAUACUUCGAAGCAAAAUAACUUCUACAUUUGUGGGCCAUCAGAUGCUCGACUCUUCAAGAAAGUUAAAAGAUAUAUUAUACGAGGCUUGGAUUACAUUUCGAUGUUUUUAUUACUCGUGUAUUUGGCAAUAAGUACGAAUAUGCGAAAUUUACGAAAGUUACCUAAACUUAUUCUCUAUUCGUAUUCGAUCACUUUAUUGGCUCUUUAUUUUAACGAAUACCUGUCUGAAUAUGUUGACUUAUGCGUGAUCAAAUAUUACUCGUUUUCUUACAUUUGGCAAUCGCAUUCGUUCUGGAUUCUAGUCACCGCCUUUGAUUUAUGGAGAGUUAUUUACAAUUCGAUUAAAAUUAGAAAAAUGCCCACCGAAGGUCAGAUGAAAAGGUUCUUGGUUUAUUGCUCCGUAGGAUGGGGCCUACCAGCCAUAUUUCUGGCUGCCUUGUUUCCUACCUUGGAGGAUAAUCAGAAGGCUUGGAUUUGUCCUUAUGUAUUCGAAUUUCAAAACGACCUCGCAUGUUCUUCGAGCUACGAAUACAAUAAGUACGCUGGGUAUUUUGGCUGGAUCACGAUUGCCAUUUUUCUUCUGGUGAUUCCUUGUUUACUUCUACUCGUUUGUUUAUUCGUUUGUCUGAGUAAACGUAAUCGUGCCAGGUCCAGUGUGAAUAAAAGUUAUGUGAUUACCAUGCUGAAAGUAGCCAUGAUAAUGGGAAUUAAUUGGAUAUUGUUGGUUUACUCGGUCUUGUUUGAUUCGAGUGAUAAAUUCGGUAUUGUUUACGAGUUGAUUACAGCGUUACACGGUUCUUUUGUAUUUUUCGCUUUUGGGCUCGAGAAAAAUAAUUUAGAUAGGUUGAAAAGAAUUCCACAUUUAGGAGCUUUGGAACGAACGCAAUUCGCAACUUUUACCCAAACCAGCCAAGAGAAUAAAUUAUCCUCAGUGUCGAGCAAAGAAACCUCAGUUGAUGAUGUGGAGAAAUGACGAGGAAAAAGAAAUUAGAAAAUUUAUUCCUCAAUAAGGAAUAAUUUUUUUGUACCUAUAAUUUUCAAGUGCCUUUAUAAGUUUGGACAAAAAAGGUCUGUGCUCGCUGUAAUAAUUGAAUAAAACAAAUAUAUAAAAACUGACAUACCUAUUUAUAUUUUAAGAUUGUUCUUUUUUUUUCAAAAAAUAAACGUUAUGAAAUCGUUGUCAAAAUAUUCCUAAAAAUUAUCUUAUCAGGGUCACUCCAUGCCCAAAUCGGCGGAUUUUUGCCCGAGGAGUCUUCGAUUUUUUUCACAAUCAGAUCAUGUGUAGAGGUCAUCAAACGAUGACAAAUGACGCAUACCAGACAUUUUUUUUUUUGGCGGAGCUGUGGGGCUUCAAAGUUCUCCAAAAUGACCGAAAAUGGAAAAUUUCAGUUGCAAAUUGCUCCGGUUGUAUGUGGUGUAGAUUUUUGAACUUUUUUUCAAACUGUAGU